AUGGCCAAAGCUAAGAGAUACGAGGAUUUCCGGAACACCCAGCACGUUUCGCACGUACGUGGAGAUGAGGGCAGGCACUGGAAAGCCGUGAGAGAAAUCUGGGGAAGAUGUUUGAAACUCACCUUUUACGACUUAUCUGUGAACAUAUAUAAGCCGGCCGAGCCCUUGAAGAACAAAGUACGAUCACAUCUGUAG